UAACCAUCUCUAGCUUUGUUUCUUCUAUUUCAAUUCAUACCCACUAUAAGCGUUGAUAUUAUCAUCGAAACAGCAACAGUAAUUCAACUAUGUCUUCACGCUGGCUGUGUUUAUUAACUUUCACAGUUGCCGUAUUAAUCGCCCUACUACCUUUCGCUAAUGCCGCUGUCAUGUCUAUCGACUAUGGUACUGAUUGGUUUAAAGUUGGUCUCAUCAAACCGGGCAUUCCGCUAGAUGUGGCAUUGAAUAAGGAUUCAAAAAGAAAAACUCAGUCAGUUGUUACUAUUCGCAAUGACGAACGUAUUUAUGGUAGCGACGCCGUUAGUUUAGCUGCCCGAUUCCCUCAUCUAUAUUAUUCCCACUUGAAAAGCAUCAUUGGAAAGAAAUUUGACGAUCCUUUAACACAGGAAUACCGUCGCCGACAUGUCAAUGAAAUGAUUGUGGAUAAAGAACGAGAUUUACCUAUUUUUGUCCAUAAUGGAACAACAGAAGUAUCAGUAGAAGAAUUGAUUGCCUAUCAAUUCCAGAACGCCAAACACCAAGCUUCUGUCACUGCUGGUGAAGUUGUUAAAGACUGUGUCAUCACGGUUACACCAUUUGCAAAUCAAUAUGAACGUCAGGCAAUCAUUGACGCUGCUGAACUUGCUGGAUUAAAUGUUUUGAGUCUAAUGCAUGAUGAAACCGCCGUUGCACUUAAUUAUGCUGUCAAUCGUGAUAUUUCAAAGGAACCUGAAAACCACAUAUUUUAUGAUAUGGGUGCCGGUUCUACUGUUGCUUCAAUUGUCACAUUCCAGAACGUCGAAGAGACCAAAGGAAACUUUACACGUACAUCACCCCAGUUGGAAGUUAGAAGCGUUGGUUUUGAUCGUACAUUGGGCGGGCAUGAAUUUGACGUGCGAGUUCAACAAAUUUUGGCUGAUGGAUUUAUGAAACAACAUAAAUCAAAGGUGAAGUCAGAUAUCAAAGCUUCUUCAAAUGCUAUGACUCGUUUGAUGAAGGAAGCAAAUAGAGUGAAACAAAUUCUCAGUGCCAAUACUGAAACUAUGGCUUCUGUUGAAAGCCUUCAUGAAGGUAUCGAUUUUAAGAUGAAGCUAACAAGAGCAGAACUAGAACGUAUCUGCUCUGAUCUGAUAGGUCGUGUUAAGACUCCUAUUGAAGCUGCUUUGGCUUCUGCCGAUAUGAAAAUUGAGGAUAUUCAAUCUGUUGUUCUUGUUGGUGGUGGUGUCCGUGUACCCGCUGUUCAAAAACAACUGGUUGACCUUGUUGGCUCUCAAAAAAUUGCUAAAAAUGUCAAUGGCGAUGAAGCUGCGGUUUUGGGUGCUGCUUUCCGUGGCGCUUCUCUCAGUAACCAAUUUAGAUUGAACAAAAACAUUGGUAUCAAAGACGUAACGCUCUACCCGGUGGAUGUGUCCUACAAACCUGAAAAUAAUGGCAAGGAAGCUAAGAAAGCUAUUGAAAGCACUAUAUUUGACAAGUUUGAAAAUAUCAAUAACCGUAAAAUCAUGACCUUCAACCGUGUUAACAACUUUGAAUUUGAAGUCAAGUAUGGUAAAGAAGCUCAGGCUGGCGUUCAAGAUAUUGCCAAAGUCAAGGUGUCGGGUCUUAGCGAAGCCAUGAAAGAACAUCAAGCUACUAUUAAAGCAUCAAGCAUCCCUCCUAAAGUUCGUGUUACAUUUGAAUUGUCCAGCUCUGGUAUUGUGUCCGUUCCUGAAGCAAGCCUUCACGUUGCUAAGUUAACUCUUAAAGAAAAGGUCAAAUCUUUUUUCGAUGGGAAGAGCAACGAUAAAAUUGAAAGCGAGAAAAACAAAGAUCAGGAAACACAAACGCAAAAUGAUACCACUACUAUCGAUAGCGACGAAGAGAAAAACAACACAGUCGAAACUGAGAAGGAAGAGACAGUCUCUAUUAUCAAGGUUCCUUUAACUGUGCAUUUCGCUCCCACUGGUCUCAUUCCUCUCAAUGACGCUAAGAAGGCUGCAUCAAAGCAAAGAAUUAAUGAACUCGAUGCCUUAGAUCUUCGUAAAAAGCGCCGUGAAGAAUCUCGCAAUGCUGUUGAAAGCUAUGUCUACCGCACACAAGAUUAUCUGUACGACGAUGAAGUCCAAUUAGUAGCCUCUGAAGAAGAAGUUGAAAUGUUCAGAGAUUUCCUAUCUGAAGCCUCUGAUUGGUUGUACGGUGAAGGAGAAGAUGCUGAUACACAAGCAUACGUCGCAAAGCUUAAAGAACUACAAGCAAUUGAGCAGCCAAUCAGACAACGAAUUAAGGAACAUAAGGAACGGGAAUAUAGCAGUAAGCUUGCUGCUGAGCAAGCUACUGCUUCCGUCCAAGAUGAUAACCCUGCAGAACAUGAAAAUAUUUCCACCUCUUCUAAUGAGCCAGCAAAUAAAGAUGACACCAAUACUAGUGGGUCCGCUGAAACGGCUGCCACGCCUGAUGAUCAUGAUCAUGACGAACUUUAAUAGCAAUAUCAAAGAUUAGGCAACGAUUAUAAAUCUUCCAUUCAAUGUUUAGACAUAAUUCUGUAUUUUCAUAAAUCAAUUGCAUGUACUCAAUAAAAUACUUUAGAAACAAUGUUAAUAAUGAGAC